UCCGGCGGGGCCGAGCCGUGCCCGCCGAGGGGCCGCGCUCCGCGGCGCUGCCGCCGUCCGGGGCCCGUGCCGCCGGCCCUGCCCGGCCAUGGGCGCCGGGGCAGCCGCGGCCGGGACGCCGCCCCCCGCGGGCGGGCGCUGCCGGCGGCGCGGAGCGGCGAGCGCGGGCUGAGACGACGGCGGCGAGGAGGAGGAGGAGGAGGCAGAUGCGUUUCUGUGCCUGUAGAGCCUUCGUUGCUUCGCCUCAGCCCUAUGUGACUCUGGGGGAAGGAUCAUGACCGAAGUCCUUCUCUCUGCUGCUCUGAACGGAACUGAGCCCAACCUGUUAUCCAGCAGCGGCUGGUCUGCGGGAAACGUCACCACCAAGUGCUCCCUGACCAAAACCGGCUUCCAGUUCUAUUACCUGCCCACCGUCUACAUUCUGGUCUUCAUCACUGGGUUUUUGGGCAACAGUGUGGCUAUCUGGAUGUUUGUCUUCCACAUGAGGCCUUGGAGCGGCAUCUCGGUUUACAUGUUCAACUUGGCACUAGCCGAUUUCCUGUAUGUCCUGACUCUGCCCGCCCUCAUCUUUUACUACUUCAACAAAACAGACUGGAUCUUCGGAGAUAUCAUGUGCAAGCUGCAGAGGUUCAUCUUCCACGUGAACCUGUACGGCAGCAUCCUGUUCCUGACCUGCAUCAGCGUGCACAGGUACACGGGGGUGGUGCACCCCCUGAAGUCGCUGGGGAGGCUGAAGAAGAAGAACGCUGUGUACAUCAGCAGCCUGGUCUGGGUCCUCGUGGUGGCCGCGAUUUCUCCAAUACUCUUCUACUCGGGAACAGGGAUAAGGAAGAAUAAAACCACGACGUGCUACGACACGACGGCCGACGAUUACCUGAGAAGUUACUUCGUUUAUAGCAUGUGCACCACCGUGCUGAUGUUCUGCAUCCCCUUCAUCGUGAUUCUUGGUUGCUAUGGGCUCAUCGUGAAAGCUUUGAUUUACAAGGAUUUGGACAAUUCUCCUCUCAGGAGAAAAUCCAUUUACCUGGUCAUUAUUGUGUUGACGGUCUUUGCAGUGUCUUACCUUCCCUUCCACGUGAUGAAGACCUUAAAUCUAAGGGCCAGGGUGGAUUUUCAAACCCCAGAUAUGUGUGCCUUCAACGAUAAGGUUUAUGCCACUUACCAAGUGACGAGGGGCCUGGCCAGCCUCAACAGCUGCGUUGACCCCAUCCUUUACUUCCUGGCGGGUGACACCUUCCGAAGGAAGCUUUCCAGGGCCACCAGGAAAUCAUCCAGAAGGAGCGAACACAAUGUGCAGUCCAAAAGCGAGGACAUGACUCUCAAUAUUUUAUCAGAGUAUAAACAGAACGGAGAUACCAGUUUGUGAACAAAUGCAGGAGAUUUGGGAACGGUUCGGAGAAAAUCCUCCGCUUUGAGGCAGUAGGAGACUGUAGGGCUUACAAGUGUGUGAGGAAAAUCUACCAGUCUCGAAUUCUGUUUUAGAUAAAGCCUCAUUUUCUGGUCUUAGGAAAAGCUUAACAAAGUCAGUGGAAGAAUUCUAAUGGAAAAUAAUGUGUCAAAAUUCAGCUUUCCUCCAGUAGUUUCAUUUAUUUCUGACUUCUGUCAGAUAAAGUAAAAUGAAGUCAAUCCCCUAAAGGAGGAGAGCAAUCCAAGUGCAUCUGGUUUAAUGACUUAGUCUCCCACGUUUGAAAAUGUUCUCAGUCAGCCUGUCUUUAAAAAUAGGAAAUAAAAAUAAGAGCAGUAUCUUGUCUUCUGAGGCUCAGUCACAGACCAGGCUUUCUGCUCACUCGCUGUUGUACGCAAGGAUUUAAAUCAAAGCCAUGAUGCAGUUGCCAUUUUCAGUUUUAGUAUUUUUUUCAUCUACUUCUAGUGCUGAUAAUUACUUGAUAGUUUGGUGGCAUUUAUGGUUCAGUCCUCUUUCAGUGCCGGUGUUUUACUCAAGGUAGGCUUUACUGGUGUGUGCAUGGUCGUGCUUUGGGAUUGCGAUGGUUGUUCGUGGCAGAGCUGGCCCCGCUGGCAGCCAGGGCUCCCCGGGGCACGGCGCCGUCCCCGGGCGCUGCCGGGCGCGCGGGCGCUGCCGGGCGCGGGGCACGGCUCCGGUGCCCGGGGCAGGGGCACGGUGCCAGCCGCAGGGACGGGCCCGGGGCGGCCUGGUGAGCUGCGCGGGCCGGGGGCCGCCGGCACCGAGAUGGCACCGCGCUGGCACCGCAGCUGGCACUGCAGCUGGCACUGCGCUGGCACCGCAGCUGGCACCGCAGCCGGCACCGCAGCCACGCGGAACCAGGAUGGGCGUGCUGGGAGCAGCCGGGCCUCGAGGCCGGCAGGGAACACGCGCUCCACGGACCUGCCUUGAAACGCUCUGCUCCUGCAGGCUUUUCACACAGCACAGGUCGUGUGCCAGGAGCGGUGGCUGUUAAAGUGGGUGAUAUAAAUGGAUUUUAUAUAUAUAUAGUAUAUACAUAACAGUAAUUGGGGGGAAUUAAUUUUUUUGUACUUUGACAAAUGAAUUAAUGUAUUAACAAGAUGUUGCAAUUUACUACAGGCUAAAUCUGGCCCUUUACUAUAGAUCUUCUCCAAAUGUGGGAUAGUUCAUCCAAAAUUAGCCAAACUGCAACAUUGUGUAACACAAGAGCUAGUGCUCAGGCACAGAUGAAAUUCUACAUGGGCAGUGUCACUCGUUUCUCAUAUUUUUAAUAAAUGUAUUUGAAAAUAUUUUGUGCUAAAAGUGGUAUAAAAGCAUGCUCUGAAUAAUGAAUUUAGUGUACAAAAUUAAGUUUGAUGUAAUCCUAAGGGUGAUUUUUAACAGAUCUUUGUUCCUCUGGUCUGCAUCAUAAGAGUAAAAUAUUUAUAUUUUACUUACCAAUUCCAGUGAUUGGUUACAAAUGAGAGUAGCUCUAGUUAUUUUUUGACAACAUUGUUAAGCAGCUUCUGUUCAUAUGUACGGCUUCCUCUGCAGAGUCCCUAUUUAUUGAACUUAUUUAUUAGAAUGCUAAAUGUAAAGUUUGUAAAGCGUGGUUCUCUGUGGUCAUAUCCAGAAUUGGGCAUUAAUGGAAAAUUGAAGAGCAUGUUUCAAUCACUGUAAUACUGUGUCUUCUAACAGAACACCUUUAUAAUAAACUCAAUUCCACCCUGA